AUGGAGGAACCUGAGUUGAGAGCAAGAAGUUUUCGGUAUGAAGAUUACAACAACAGAAGGGCCUUCCUGAGAAGUUACCCUCUCUAUCAGGAUCAUGAAGAUGAUAACAAAGCAGAAGAGAAUCAUCACAAAGUGGAUAAUGGAAAUGGAAAACGAGUUACUAGCACGACAACAAAGAAGCCCAUGAAGAAGAUAAUCUUAUCAGUUUUCCAAUGGGGAGGAGAGACCAUCUUAAUCUUCAGGAGGUUCAAGCAUAAGGUCACCUUUUAUGUCAUUACCUGUAUUCCUGCUGGCCUUAAAGCUCGUACCGCCUUUAUUUCAGUAUAA